AUGGUCUCUACCGUUGCAUUAAUAGGCAGUGAUCAGCCACUUGCCAUGACCCUUCAAACAAAAUUAGGAUUUGCGUUUUCAUCAGUCAUAAUAGCCAUUUCAUCUGCCUCAACUUUCACAAUAGGUUCAUCUGCCUCAGCUUUGACAAUCGGUUCAUCACCAUCGGGGUUGCCAGGGAUGAAAAUACCACUAGGGGCGUGCGCGUCGUCAGAUGGGGAUGUGGUUGAAUUGGAAGAAAGUUUGGACGGCGCCGGAGGAAUGUCUGACAAUUAUGCGGACGAUGAGUUUUACGCUGUUGAUUCCGGCGAGUCGCUAGCAAUAUGCAAAGCACCAUGGCUUCGGCGCGAGACGUUCCAGAAGGAAAAACGCGGCGAAGUAAGGAUACGGCAGGAGUUCGUGUGCCACCGACAAGGGUACCGAUCCCCGAAGUUCUCCUUGAUGCCUAACCGGAAAAAGAGGCCGAGGGCCGAGACACGGUGUGGAUGCCCUGCAAGGAUGCUACUCCGCAUGGACAAUGAAUCAGGACGUUGGCACGUUGCGUACUUUUCAGACGCGCAUAACCACAACGUUCUUGAGUUGCGAUUUUCUUCCAUGCUCCCAGGCCAUCGGAGGAUGAGCGAAGCGGACAUCGAGCAGAUGAACGACAUGCGCAAAGGGGGCAUUGGCGUCUCCCAAAUUCACCGAUUUAUGGCGAGCCUAGCCGGCGGGUAUCAUAAUGUCCUGUACACAACAAGGGACAUGCACAAUGUAAAUGCGAAGCAACGAAGGAAGGGUGGCCUAGAUGUGGAAUCGUGCUUAAGGUAUCUCCGAGAGUGCAAGGCAAAUGAUCCAGCACUGUACUACAAGGAAAUUGUUGACGGUGAGGGCGUGUUGCAACAUUUUUUUUGGUGUGACGGCACCAGCCAAAUUGAUUACCAGGUGUUUGGAGACGUGGUUGCAUUUGAUGCAACGUACAAGAAAAACUUUUACCUUUCACCUCUUGUAGUAUUCUCCGGUGUGAAUCACCAUAACCAAAUGGCUGUCUUUGCCGCUGCACUAGUGGCAGACGAGAAAGAAGAGACCUAUGUCUGGCUGCUUCAACAGUUGAAAACUUCAAUGAAAGGGAAGGCUCCCGUGUCCAUAAUAACCGACGGUGACAGGCAAAUGAAGUCUGCGAUCGAGCAAGUUUUUCCAGAGGCUCACCAUCGACUCUGUGCUUGGCAUCUACUCCGAAACGCCACGAGCAACAUCGGAAAGCCUAAAUUCACCAGGAUGUUUAGGGAUUGCAUGCUUGGCGACUACGAGGUCCGAACAUUCCAGAGAAAGUGGUUUGAGAUGGUUGAGAAAUUUGGCGUUGCCGAUAAAAGAUGGAUAUAG